GGGUGGCUCUUGAUGGAGCACAAGGAAGAAAGGGUCAGAGGCUAGAUAAGAUUAGUGGCAUCGCAGUCUUGGUUUUCAUUUUGGUUUUCUCAUUCUUUGAUCUCGUGAUAUUUGUGUUUUUAUUACCUAUAGCAAAGAAAGCAAAAAUGUUUAUUGAGAAGUUUAAGGUUGAGAGUCCUAACGUUAAGUACAUAGAAGAUGAGAUUCAUUCCGUGUACAACUACGAAACCACUGAACUUGUUCAUGAGAACAGAAAUGGUUCUUAUCAAUGGACUGUCAAACCCAAAACUGUCCAAUAUGAAUUCAAGACUGAUUCUAUUGUCCCCAAACUAGGUGUUAUGCUUGUGGGGUGGGGAGGAAACAAUGGUUCAACUCUCACUGGAGGUGUUAUUGCCAACAAAGAAGGAAUCUCCUGGGCAACUAAGGACAAGGUGCAGCAAGCCAAUUACUUUGGAUCACUUACCCAGGCAUCAAGCAUCAGACUUGGGUCUUUCAAUGGAGAGGAGAUUUAUGCUCCAUUCAAGAGCCUGCUCCCCAUGGUGAACCCAGAUGACAUUGUAUUUGGGGGAUGGGACAUAAGUGACAUGAACUUAGCAGAUGCCAUGGCGAGGGCCAAGGUUUUCGACUUUGACUUGCAAAAGCAAUUGAGGCCCUACAUGGAAUCCAUGGUACCACUCCCUGGAAUUUACGACCCUGAUUUCAUUGCUGCCAAUCAAGACUCACGUGCUAACAAUGUUAUCAAAGGCACUAAGAAAGAACAAGUCCAGCAAAUUAUCAAAGACAUUAGGGAGUUCAAGGAGAAAAACAAGGUGGACAAGGUUGUCGUGUUGUGGACUGCCAACACAGAGAGGUACAGUAAUAUUGUUGUGGGGCUAAAUGACACCAUGGAGAACCUCCUGGCUGCUGUGGAGAAGGAUGAAUCAGAGAUAUCUCCAUCAACCUUGUUUGCUCUGGCUUGUAUUUAUGAAAAUAUACCUUUCAUCAAUGGAAGCCCACAAAACACUUUUGUUCCAGGACUUAUUGAUCUGGCUAUUAAGAGGAACAGUUUGAUUGGUGGAGAUGACUUUAAGAGUGGUCAGACCAAGAUGCAAUCUGUGCUGGUAGAUUUCCUUGUUGGGGCCGGUAUUAAGCCAACAUCAAUAGUGAGUUACAACCAUCUGGGAAACAAUGAUGGCAUGAACCUCUCAGCACCUCAAACCUUCCGCUCCAAAGAAAUCUCCAAGAGCAAUGUUGUUGAUGACAUGGUCUCCAGCAAUGGAAUUCUGUAUGAGCCUGGUGAACACCCUGACCAUGUUGUAGUCAUCAAGUAUGUGCCAUAUGUUGGAGAUAGCAAGAGAGCUAUGGAUGAGUACACCUCAGAGAUAUUCAUGGGUGGCCAAAACACCAUUGUGAUGCACAACACCUGUGAAGACUCCCUCUUGGCUGCACCAAUCAUCCUGGACUUGGUUCUUCUUGCAGAGCUUAGCACCAGGAUCCAGCUCAAAGGUGAAGCAGAGGGCAAGUUCCACUCAUUCCACCCUGUUGCUACUAUUCUCAGUUACCUUACAAAGGCUCCUCUUGUUCCACCAGGCGUACCAGUGGUGAAUGCACUGUCAAAGCAGCGUGCAAUGCUUGAGAACAUACUGAGAGCGUGUGUUGGGUUAGCUCCUGAGAACAACAUGAUUUUGGAAUACAAGUGAGCUCGUGGAAGAAGAUAACAGUGGACGUAGUUUGGUACAGGAACAAAAAACAACCACCCAGUUUCCCUUUCUCUUUCACUAAUCCUGUGGUCAAGUGCUGCCCUUUUUUCUGUAGUGUUAUAUCUAUGUUAUAUUUUCAUUAAUGUUUUAUGUAUGGAUGUUGCUGUUUAUUUUACGGAGUUCAUGUAGUCCGAUUGCUUUGGCUCUUGAUGACCAAGCACCUUUUUCUAUGGGAAAUAGAUGAUCUAUAGAUAUAUAUAUAACAGUUCAUGAGCUGUGUUUGUUGGAGCAAAGUCAAGUAAUAUCAUUCAUACUUUACUAAA